CAGUGUAUGACAGUUGUUGUUAUGGCUCACCUCCCUGUGUGUACAUUCACCAGCAGAUAUGGACGUGAAUUCGAUAUUAUUUUAAAUUAGUAAUAUUCUCAGCUAUGUGGGAUUUAUCGACUUGAUUUAUUUAAGAGGAUAAAGAGCGUGAGAAGAUACUAUUAAUGUGCAAUCCAUAUGACCAAGGCAGCCAUGGAGCAGCAGUACAAGGAAAAGAGGAGAGGCAGUAAUACAUGUCUUGUGUGUGGCCGUCAAGGUGGCAACACCAUUGUGGUCACCAGCGUUCACAGCUUUGUAUCUGCAUCUGGAACACCUCUGGCCGACUUCCUUGUUAAGGUUGUUGGUGAGGAUCCUUGCUACUCAGUGAGCGAGGUCAUAUGUCAACAGUGUUUUGUUCUUCUCGAUCGCCUUGAUGCUUAUCAGGCGCGGGCUGCAGAGAUCCACACACAUGUCACAUCCAGAUACCGGGACACAAAGCUGGAGUUGUUGGGGCAGCGGCAGAGGAUGAGUGAGCUAAUAGCGUCAUCUCUAUCAAACGUGCAGGAGCUACGACACGGAACAACACUAAAUGUGAGCGACGAGCUGACGAUCACAGUUGUUCACGAGGCCUUGCCGAGAAAGAGAAGGAAAUACUACAGACUAGAAAAUGGCUCCACAGCUAAAUCAAAGGCUAAUGUAGUUGGUGCAAAUAACCUUUAUAGUGCAAGAAAUGAUCCUAUUAGCCAAUAUAUUUCUAAAAAAAUCAAAAGAAAGAGAGUGCCUAAGUCUAGCAGUGAUAGUAUGUAUAUUUCAGCAGACAAGAAAAAGAAAUUGACAGGAAGUGGACAUAUAUCUGUAAGUAAUAAUAAUAAUCUUACCUAUGCAAAUUGUGUCAAGAAUUGGGUGGGCUCGGAAGGGAGUGUACAGUGUGGUGCGGGGAGGACAGUCAAGAGAAAGCCUCCGCAGUCAGAGGUUGACUUGAGAAACAGCAGCACCGAGGAGGAACUCAGCGACGACGCGAGCAAGGGGAAGCCUGAACGAAAAGCAGCUAAUGAAGAAGAGGAGGAGGAUGAAGAAGAAGAGGAGGAGGAAGAUGAGCAGGAGGAGGGGGGAGGGGUAGAAGAAUUAGAAGAGGGAGAAGAACAAUCGGACGCGGCAGAAGAAGCGGGAAAAGAAGACGAGUCGAGCGAUGAUGAUUCCAGCAGUGAUAGUGAUGACGACGAUGGCUCGGCUUCAGAACAAGAAGAAGAUGCCAAGAGUGAGGUGCAGUCCUGGCCAGAGAUGGAACAGCAGCGGGAAAAUGACAACGAGGAAGAAGAUGAGGAAGAGGAGGAGGAGGCGGCAGGCUCAGCAGGGGAAGAACGUGACCCACAACACCAGAGUGCUGAGUUGACGGUGAGCAAACCUUCCCCCAACCAAACCAAACAGCAAAGAUCCAAACCCCAGAUAAAACCUGCUCAGCCACCGGAGGUCCAGAACAAGCUCGUCCCCAAGGUGGAGCCAAGUGGACAGAUCCAACUCCCACCUGAAACUAGUGAGUCUAUGUCACCUCAAGUAGCUGAGGCCAUGUUGAUGCAGAGCCCCCUGGCCACCUCCUUGCUGCAGUCCUUCCUCGCCACUUCUCUCUGGUUUGGCUCACCUGAUACAUCAAAAAAGAAAAAGUCAGGUGGUCAGACUAAACAGAAACAACAACACCAGGUUCCCGAUGACGUGACAAGUGAAACAUUAGCAGUAACCGCAGGCUCGACAAAAGACAAAAAAAAGCGCCAAGAGCUAAAAAACACAGGCCAGAGCUACAUAAAUACGAAAGGGAAGCUGGUUGAUGCCAAGCGGGUGUGGCCACAAGACUGCAGCAGGUGUCCACUUAAGUGUAAUGCCCGCAUCAGUGAAGAAGAUCGUCUUAAGAUUUUUGCUGAAUAUUGGGGUUUGGCCGACUACAACCUUCAGAGGGAGUACCUGGCGGCCCACAUGCAGCGUGAAGAGAAGCUGGGACCAAGUGGCCUCCUCCGCACUGUAAUACUUUACUUCCUCACUUGUAGCAACAACACCAAGCUACAGGUGUGCCGACAGUUUUUCCUCAAGACUUUAGAUGUGUCAGAAAAAGCAUCAAGAAUUGUGUUAGAAAAGAUGGUGCGAGGAGAGCUGGGUAGUGAGGGGGGAGCUGCUACUCCACCACCAGGCAUCACCCGACCGCAGUCCUCCCAGGAAGACCUUCUCUCUAGUAAAAAUGGAGAUGAAACAAAUCUAAGUAAUGAAGAAGAUGAAACAAAGAGUGAGGGAUCAUCGUGAGUUUUAGUAGUAACGUGUUUUGUUUCCAGAUUUGGGGCAUUUUUAUUUCACAUUUCAUCGGUUAUUUGAUAGUGUGCUGUCUGUACUUAGUCUGAUACCACCGAAGGGGGUUAGAACUCUCGGUGAACUUCAUCGUGUUAGAUUUUAGAGUUGAAAAAUUAUGGUGAAGGGAAAACUACGCUGACAAUAUACUGACAUAUAAUCUGAUGAUGGUUUGGGAACACAACAUUUUUGCUUCUAAGAUUAAACUUUAUUGUUUUAAAUGUUUGGAUAAUAGAAACUACUGCAAGAGUCAGGAGGCUCAGAGUAGCGUGUCUUUAUAGUUGAAGGUGGCAGUCUGUGUCAGUGAUUCACAUGCCAAAGUAUGCAUUCCUGAAAUCAAAGAAGGAACUGAAAUAUAUUGAAUUAUACUUCCCAUUUCAGAGGGAUUGAUCUCAUCCUAGAAGGCUUAUAUAUCUUGUAUGUAUAUAUAAUCAUUGAGAGAUGGUGAAAGGGAUACGGACAACACUGUGCCUUGUGGCUGUGAUUGCCUGACAUCUGGGCAGGAAUAUAGUAACUGGCUUAUGUUCACCAGCAUCGUAUCAUCUUGUUAUUGAGUAAAGUAUGGUAAUAACAUCUGGAUAUUUUGAUCAACACACACACACACUCUUGUUCAUAUCUUCUCACACAGUCUAUCUUAAUAGCAUGUUUAUUCACUUAGUUUAUUUAUUUAUUCACAUUGGUGUGUGUGUGUAUAUAUAUACACACACCUCUCAGCCCUUUCAUAUGGAUAUCUCUCAUGCAUCUCUUCUCCCAAGUGCACACACACACACACACACACACACACACACACACACACACACACACACACACACAGUCAUUGCCUCUAUAUAUUAGUUCAGUUACUGGUCAUCUUCACAUGUCAAAGACCUUAUCUUAGUUUUCAAAAUACUUAACAUAUUUUCUAUGAUGGUUACAUAAUACAAGAGUGGAGCAGCUAUACUAUAGUCCCACUUGGGGGGGGAGUAUAAUGAGGUUAAGAGUGUCCUCAUCACCUCUACCAACUGUAAGGAGGAGGUACAGUACAGGCUUAGUGAAGUGGUACGUGGAAGGUAGAGAUGGUGGUCUUUGAAGACUGUUGUGGAACUUGAUGUUAUCUGGUUGAUGCCAUAAUGUGGACCACGCCUUAUGUCUCCUUUAUACAAAAUCUGUAAGUUUCUCUAGUCCUGACUAAUUAUUUAUAUCUUGGUAAUUAUUAGGUACAGUAUCCCCCUCAUGCUGGUGGCUCUGUCCGCCCCCCCUCGUGCUGGUGGCUCUGUCCCCCCUCAUGCUGGUGGCUCUGUUCCCCCCCCCUCGUGC